CCCGAGGAUCCUCGAGGCCGAAGCGGAACCACCACCCGCUUGGCGCGGCUUCGUCCCGCCGGAGGGGCCUCCAAGAAGCCCCGCCGCCGCCGCCGCCUCCUCAGCGGGCCACGAAGGAAGCGCGGGACCGCCGCCCGGCAAGGCCGUCGCCUCCUCCCUCCGCCCCGAGCGAGGCGGGACCAAGAGCCGGCGUCUCCUCAGCCCGGCAGCGGCGGCCAUGGCCCGCGGCGGCAAAGAGGAGGGCCGCCCGCCCGAGGAGACCUCCUCGCCUCCGGAGGCCGCCCGGGGCGGCGGUUCUGGGCCCUUGCGGCCGCCUCUUCCUCGGGUGCCGCGGUUGGGCCUGGCCUUGGCCUUCCUGGCGGCGCUUCUGGCGGCCAAAUACUACCGGGACGCGGAGGCCGCCCGGCGGCAGGAAACAGCCCUGAAAUCUCUGGGGAAUGAGGGUCUUUUCCUCUUCUCUUCCCUGGAUACUAACAAUGAUUUGUACAUCAGUCCUGAGGAAUUCAAGCCAAUUGCAGAGAAAUUGACUGGGAUUGCUCCUGUGUCUGGCACUGAAGAAGAAGAGGUGAUAGAUCCCAAUGGGGAGACUCUCUCUGUCCUUGCGAAAUUCCAGCCUCUGCUAAUGGAAACAAUGACAAAGAGCAAGGAUGGCUUCCUUGGCAUUUCCCACAUGGCCUUUUCUGGGCUCCGCAACUGGACUGUUCCUGCUUCACCUCUCAGUGUGAUGUUUGCCCAACAAUUCAAGGCCUUUCUUCCCCCAAAGAAUGAGGUGGAACUUGCUGACCCAUGGUGGAUCAUUCCCAGUGAGCUAAACAUCUUUACGGGGUACCUUCCCAAUAACCGUUUCUACCCUCCAGCUCCCAAGGGCAAGGAGAUCAUCAUCCACAAGCUCUUGAGCAUGUUCCACCCGCGGCCAUUUGUGAAAACUCGUUUUGCUCCUCAGGGAGCGGUGGCCUGCAUUCAAGCUGUUGCGGAGUUCUACUAUAAGAUAGCCUUCAGAAUCCAUGCAGAGUUCCAACUGAAUGAGCCUCCCGAUUUCCCAUUCUGGUUUUCUCCUGCCCAAUUCACAGGCUACGUUGUCCUCUCCAAGGACUCCUCCCACGUUCGAGAGUUCAAGCUGUUUGUCCCUAAUAGCAGGUCUCUCAAUGUAGACAUGGAAUGGCUAUACGGUGCAUUAGAAAGCAGCAACAUGGAGGUGGAUAUAGGAUACUUACCUCAGAUGGAGCUGGAGUCACUGGGGCCAUCCACCCCUUCAGUGAUUCAUGAUGAAAAUGGGAACGUGAUUGACAGCAGAGAAGGAGAACCCAUUCAGUUUAUAUUUGAAGAGAUUUCCUGGCAGAGAGAAAUAAGCUGGGAAGAAGCAUCUGGGAAACUGGAAGUGGUCAUGUAUCCAUUUAAGAAAGUGUCCUACUUUCCCUUUACUCAAGCUUUUGAACGAGCUGAGUCUGAGGGUAAACUUGUUCAUUCCAUACUCUUGUGGGGCGCCCUGGAUGAUCAGUCAUGCUGAGGUUCAGGGCGAACUCUCCGGGAAACAGUCCUGGAAAGUUCGCCCAUCCUCGCAUUCCUGAAUGAGAGUUUCAUCAGUACCUGGUCAUUGGUGAAGGAGCUGGAAGAUUUACAAGGUAGACGGGAGGACAAGAUCAACAGCAAACUUGCAGACCUGCAUCUUGAAAAGUAUAACUUUCCUGUGGAGAUUAUGAUCUGCCUGCCCAAUGGCACCGUGGUUCACCACAUUAAUGCCAACUAUUUCCUGGAUAUUACUUCUAUGAAGCCUGAAGAAAUUGAGAGCAGCAUCUUUAGUUUCUCCUCUGGUUUUGAAGACCCCUCAACAGCAACUUACCUCCAGUUCUUGAAGGAAGGACUUCAGAAGGCAAAACCAUUCCUGCAGCCCUAACAUCAAAAAGCCAGCAGACGCCCUCAUGCUGAUCAAACACGAUAACAGUCCUUACGUCUUGGGUUCCCAGACUCAGGCCUAACCCAGUACUGUUAAGCAAAUAGUUCUAUGUAAAUGAAAACUCUCCAAAGCAGGAAGUGUUCCUUGGCAGUAUGAAGGUCUGAUACCUGAAUGUUCAGGAAGCUGCCCGGUUCUCUCUCUCAGAGGUAAAUUGUGGGGUUACUCUGAAACUAGCUGUCAAGCUGCAGGAGGUCAAGCUUGGGAGACAGUGUGGUGCAAAGUGGGGAGACUGAUUCUGAGGCUGCGGUGUGGUACCAGCAGGUCAAAUUUCUGACUCCUUUGGCACAGUUCUCAGUUAAAACCUGGCGUGUUGCCUCCUGAAUGGGGUGCCACCAUUCCUGCAUCAGACUAGUCCCUUCCAGGAUCCUGAAUCUAUAGCAUAUAGUCACAGCUUUACACUUUAGAAUUCUUACGUUGCAAAGUGCUCUUUGGUGUCAGAGGACCUCAGGAAGUCAUAUGUAUCUUGAAAUUCAGAAACACCAGGCAGGACCUGUAUACAGGUAGUCCUCGAUUUACAGCCAUUCAUUUAGCAGCUGUUCGAAGUUACCACGGUGCUGGGAAAAGGGACUUAUGACUGGUUCUUACACUUCUGAUGGUUGCAGCAUCCCUGCAAUCACGUGAUCAAAAUUCAGGUGCUUGGCAACUGGCAUAUACAGUAUUUACAAUGGU